AUGAAGCUUCACCUUCAAUACAUGGGAGCCGAUAAAUCCCCCGCGAUCCCCCAGAGUCCGGCUGACCUCGCAGCUUUCAGGCUAGAGACGACGAGUAUCAAAACAAGGAAGCUGACCAGAGAUAUCUUCAAGCGCGUGGAGCUGAGCCAGCGGAAAAAAGAGGCACAGGGAGAAGACGACACCAUGCUUCAACCCAAGCCAGUGCUGUUCAACGGUGAGAUAUUUGGCGAUGCCCUCUCACCCUUCUUUGCUGCGGAGAGCUGGUUCAACAGAUCACAGCCUGGCGACCAUGAAGCACAGGCGGGGUGGCCCACAAUGGCAGAUUUCAAGGAGGAUGGCGACCACAGAGCUCCUCGACACGGUCGAUAUUUCCCCCUUCCUCUGAUCCCGAUUACUACAUUCCCGUCCCGGUCCCGGGAUCAUUCCAAUGGCGAGAUAUCCAGUCUUGACGCAGGCAUGAAGCAGGAGAAUGAGGCAGUCAAAUGCGAUGCUCGGUUCAUACUGCCCCUCUGCCAUACCACGGAGGAGCCAGAGGAUGAGGCAGAUAAUUUCCCAGAUAAUUUCCCAGAUUCUUUCCCAGAGGACUCCGGGCUCGCCAGGGUGCCCCCCUGCUUUUAUCAAUUGUUAGAAUACAUUGAGAACGAAUUCAAUGAAGAAGAGGAAACAAAAGACUUCAAGUAA